AUGGCGCUGCUCAUGCCAUGCGCUGCUGCUUUCGCAAGGAUUGGCGGAAGCCCAGGUGCUGUUCCGAUCCCGUUCAGUGUCUUCCCGUCCAGCUACAAGAACGUCAGCAAGGACGCUGUAAAGGAAUCGACAAAGGUCCAGGUAGAAGCAAAGGCAGAGCUACCAAAGGCAGGACGGGAAGGUCACUCUGAACGUCAGGAAUCCUUCUCAGUCCACGUCAAUCAGCCUGCUGAGCGACCUGUUGAACACCGCGAAACCUACACCGAGGACGUCCGUGUUUUUGAAGACCGCCAGCGCCGCCCCCAGCAGCACCGCGAGGAAGUCCACAUCCACGAGGAGCACCGCUACCGACAGCCUGAGCAGUCCCGCCGCACCGAACGUGUAGAGGUUGACAUCCACGAGCACCGCGACUCCCGAGACCGCUACCCAUCCCAACGUCCUAUCGUCGGAUCCCAGUCCACGACCUACGAUCGCGACUUCAACGCAGUCCGAGGUGCCCAACCCGACUACGCUACUACCCAGGUUGACGUUUCCGAGCGUCAAUUCCGCGAGCGUACCCGUCCCAUCGUCGGUGGUUACGCACACGAGUCCCACAACCUCAACACCCAGCCCAACUUCGAGCAGGCCUCCAGCUACCGCAAGGAGUCCUUUGGCGCCAAGCACGACACCUACCCAUCCCAUCGGGAGGUUGACGCAGUCGACAGCCGCUACCCUCGCCGAGAGGAGGUUCGAGUAGAAACUACUCGUUCCACGGUUGACGCCCCCAAGAAGUUCAAGCGUGAUAUGGGAUAUUACGACGACGACGGCCACUACCACUCGUUCCGUCACGGUAUCAAGGAAGCUGCCCACAAGGUCGCUGAUCACAUCGCUCACCCCAUCCACGGUUCCCGCCACCACCACUCCCACGACCACUCGUCCAAGGCUUCCCAGCACAAGGAUAUCCGCGAGGACAUCGUAGUCAAGGAGAAGUACACUACCACCUCCGCUCCUGCCCCUACCCACUUCCGUGACACUCACGUUCACGCCCCUGCUCCCCGUGCUCCCGCUCCCGCUCCCGCGCCUACCUACCGUCCUUCCGCCGGUCCUUCAGUCGUCUCCAGCAGCAAGACCGUCACCACCCGCAAGAUGGCUCCUCCCAACACCAUUACCAUCCCCUGCCACCACAUCCGCAUUGGCGAUCUCCUGAUUCUUCAGGGCCGCCCUUGCCAGGUCAUCCGCAUCACCACCUCCUCCCAGACUGGCCAGCACCGCUACCUCGGUGUUGACCUGUUCACCAAGCAGCUCCAUGAGGAAUCCAGCUUCAUCUCCAACCCGGCCCCGUCCGUCGUUGUCCAGAACAUGCUCGGCCCUGUCUUCAAGCAGUACCGUGUUCUUGACAUCCGUGAGGAUGGCCGUGUUGUCGCCAUGACCGAGACUGGUGACGUCAAGCAGGGUCUCCCCAUCCUUGACCAGAGCAACCUUCUCCAGCGCCUGACCGAGUCCUUCGACAACGGUCGUGGCAGCGUCCGCAUCUUGGUUAUCAACGAUGAGGGUCUCGAGAUGGCCGUCGACUACAAAGUCGUUCACGGCUCCCGGUUGUAGAUGACUUCAUCCUGUCAAUGGUCGCAUUUGAGCUUGCUGUACGUGUCACGAAACGCCUCGGAGCUUGGACCUAGUCGGCCUUGUCAUAUCAAAUUGUGUUCAUAUAUUCUCUUCGCUUUGAUCACCUGACUGGGCUCACUGCCACCUCGCUGCGGGUUUGCCUGCGGCAGGUGCUGCCUUUUUGCAUAGCAAUUGGCGCAGGGAUCUACGGCUCAUGGAUGGGAAAACGAAGUACAUCUGUGGAUAGUUAAUGGAGUCUUUGCUUAUAUCUU